AUGAGUAUUAAAAAUUUUUGUAAAUCUCUGCCGAAGGUGGAACUUCAUGCUCAUUUAAACGGCUCGUUGAGUCCAGACACUUUGAAGAAACUAUAUAAAAUGCAAAAUCCUACUUCUGAGGACUGCGAAAACAUAGUUAUGAGUACUGAAAAAUAUUCGUCAUUAGGCGAGUGUUUCAAAGUAUUUGAUGUUGCACAUUCGUUAACAGUAACACCAGAAGCAGUUUUUCAAUCUACUUACGAUGUAAUCAAAGAGUUCCAGGAAGAUAAUGUAAUAUAUUUAGAACUCAGAAGCACUCCUCGUGCUAUUAAUGGACAAAUGACAAAGCAAGAAUACAUAGAAGCUAUUAUAAAAGCAUUUCAGGUCUGUAAAACAGAUUUUCCAGACAUAAUGGUAAAAUUAUUAAUAUCUAUUAAUCGUAAGCAAGGAUAUAAAGCAGCAGAAGAAAACAUACAGCUAGCAAUACAUUAUUUUAAGAAAUAUCCACAAUGUGUAGUAGGACUAGAUCUCAGUGGGGAUCCAAUGGCAGGAGAUGCAUUUUUAGAGUUGUUAAAGAAAGCCAGAAAUGCUGGUCUUAAAAUUGCAGCUCAUUGUGCAGAGAUUUCAAAUGAAAUAGAGACAAAAGAUAUUCUUGAAUUCAAACCAGAUAGACUGGGACAUUGUACUUGCAUUCAUCCUAAUUUACAGGGAUCAGAUAAGUUAUUUGAUAUGCUUAUUAAGUCAAAGAUUCCUGUGGAAUUGUGUUUGACCUCAAAUGUUCAAUGUAAAACAGUACCCUCUUAUGGAUCACAUCAGUUCAAAUAUUUGUACGAAGCUGGACAUCCUAUUAGUCUUUGUACCGACGACAAAGGUGUUUUUCAUACAUCUCUGUCGAAAGAAUACGAACUAGCUAGUUCGACGUUUGAUCUCGGAAGAGAGGAGCUCGUAAAGUUGUGUAUGUUGUCCGUGCAAUACGCAUUUACGACAGAAGAAGAAAAGAAACUACUACUGUCCAGGAUUGAAGAUUUUAAUCAUGAAUCAAAGUUUUAACAUCCUUUAACGAAACGAAUAAAUGUGUUCAGGUAUAAGAACAAUAAAAAUUUUGUGGUUACAAACAUUCGGCCAGAUUAGGAGCACAAAUAAAUCUGUAAGUACAAAGUCUCGACGAGGUAGCAGGACUAUUGAUAUAAAACUAAUGUCGAUUUUAUUCGUUAUGAUAUUCGUGGGCUCGUUUACAUAGAUUUACAGAUAACUAAGUUGCUACUUAUGGAGAACUAUAAUAGUUGAAUGUCGUCAGUGUUCUGUUUUUUUUUUCAUCUUUCGAUAAUAUCAUAUAUAAUAUAUACAACAUUUAUAAUAACUAUUACAAUAUUAUGCUUGUGAAUGUGGUGCUGCAUCUUUGUUACGGGUAUCGACGAAGAAAAUUAAUAAUACCUAUAAACCGGAUCGUGGACCACGACCCGAUAAAUAUUAACAAUCGCCGCGCUAACAUUCGUGCCAGAAUCACAAUCGAACAAUGCGACAACGUUGACGUGGUUUUCACGAGUUUCGCCUUUUCGACGUGCCUACACUUUCAAUAAACAUCGUUUGUCUUUCUGUUGGCCAAUUUCGCGUGUCGUAAUCGACCGAAAAUAAAAAGGAGGGCAAACUUGGAGCACCACUCGGAAAAAAAUAAGACGAGACCUAUCGUCCUCGGUUCCGAGAUCGUCGCGGAAAAUGUAGUUUCCGGUCCAACCCGAGACAGAAGCUGUCUCGAUCAAGAACAAGAAAUAUGGUAUCCGCCGAGAAGGAUAGACGUGG